UCAAGUCACAAACGUCAGUUUACGAAAAACUGAAACUCCUCCGCCAUCACAAUGUCGAGACAUCAGAGUUACUCAAGCAACAUGCCCCCCCGAUUUUCAAGAUAUUCCACCACACUAAAAGAACGACUCCCCGAAAGCUUAUACGAAACCCAAAAAACCCAAGGCUUGCGUUUUAACGACAUCUUCUUGCAACUCUUUUGCGAAAAAAAUUCGGACGGAUCGAAGAAAUUAAGAUUUCCGGGCAACGAAUUAGCGCAACGUUUUGGGGACCGGAUGUUUCCGGCAGACGUAAUAAACAUCUGCAACUUCCUCAAAAACCACCCUGAAGUGACCGAGGUUGAUUUGAGUUAUAAUCCGAUUGAGGACGAGGGAUUGGAGUUACUUUGUCACAUGACCCUCAAACAUUCUAAUGGUUUAGAACAUUUGAGUUUGGAAAGCUGCAGUAUUGGUUAUAGGGGAAUAAAAAUAUUUUAUCUUGUGGCGCAAGAGGGCUACGUUAACUUGAAGACUUUGAGGUUAACCGGAAACGCUAACAUUGGCCGACAGGGCGGCCACUUGCUGGCUUUGUCGUUGCCGUACAUACAAACUCUGGAAUAUCUCGACAUUGGAGACACCAACCAAGCAGUUGAUAGUCUUGAUUGCAUUUUCCAAGCUGUGUAUUACCACCCUCUCAAAGUCCUGAACGUCUCUAGACCCAUUCCUCCUAACAAUUUACUCCAAGUUGACCACACUAACCUCGCUAACAACAUCAGCGAGAUGUUUCGAUUAAAUCAAACCCUCGUCGAACUCCACGCCCAAAAGUGUGAACUCGACGCCCACUGUGUGGAAACCAUGAUUGAAGGCUUGAAACAAAACCGAUCUCUGCGAUUUCUUGAUAUCGGCUACAACAACAUCUGCUGCGUCGGUGUAGAAUUUUUGUCCGAUUGGCUGAAAACUAGACCCGAUCUUUUAGGCUUGAACAUUGCUGGGAACAACGUCAAGGACUACGGAGGGGUGGCUUUGAGUUUCGGGAUGCCUUUCAGCAAACUGAGAUAUUUAGAUAUCAGCUAUAACCACAUCGGGAAUGAAGGGAUUAUCGCCAUUUUGAACACAAUCAAGAAACCGUAUAUGUUGAGGUACUUCAUGUUGUGGGGGAACAACUUUAACCACCCGGCUAACGAGGUUAUUCAACGCAUGAUGAAGUCCAAAGUGUUCGAACAGGACGGUAUUGAUGUUAAAAUUUAUUGCGUUGAUGAAGUCUUGUAUGCCGCACGUUACACUAUUGAUAGGUAUAAGCACAGAUAUUAUGGCGUCACGGACUAUGGGUGUGCCGUGGAACUGAAAAUUAAGAGAAAUAGGCUCCCGAAGCCGGAUGAUAAGCCAAGGGCUUUGGUCAACUUUAAACACGUUGACAGGUAUCCGGCUGUCGAAGUUCCAACGCUAGAAGAAAUUCAGGAGCUGCGACGGAAACGAGAAGCAGAACGUCAAUAA